ACAGGUGCACUGAACAUGAUCCCUCUUAAAGAGGCCAGUCACCCUGUGACAAGGCUUCUACUGGGAUUUUCAGAAGUGCCCGGGUGCCAUCUUUUCCUCAUUUCCCUGUGAUCUUGAGUGGGAAGGGGACUGGUUCCAAGUCUUCUUUCUGGCUGGGCUAAGGCAAGUCUUAUAACUUCCUGACGUAAGUAGCCUCCAUAUUAGGGGUAGAGUGAAGAGAGAAUUCCUCUAAUUGUUGGUUUGCUGGAGGGGACCCACCAUGAUUGAAUGCUUCUUGCUAAUAGGAUACAUUGACAUUUCUUGGGCUGAGGAAAGGGAUAAUAUUCAAUAUCUUUUCAUCUCCUUUUAAAAUUCUUCCCUACUUGAAAGAACCCAUCUUUUUAAGAUGUUAAAAGAACUCCCUGAGCUCUCUGAAGUUAUUGGCAUGAACAUAAUUGUUAUAUAUUAUAACUGGGGCCUCAGGCAAGAGGGUGCCCAAUAUACAUUCUGUGGUUGUAUCCAAUGGGACACUUUUCUUUCAGAAUCAGGAACAGCUUCCACAGCAAUACAUAUGAGUGAUAGCAGCCAUGAAAUUUGAUUUGGGCUAGAUAGCAUUCACAGUGUUGAAGAGUGAGAAAAUUUCCAUUACAUUGAAUGAAUGAAGAGCAAUGUUGGCAGCUUAUGACUGACUUUAGAGCCAAGAAAGAUAGCUUACUUCUGAAUUGGCCUCUACUAAUCAAUUUUAGUAGAUUUUAAAACAAGUUUUCUAGUGAAUUAAAUCUUUUAGCAAUCAAAUGUCCCACCCCCUCCAUUUCCAUUUGUGCAAGAUUAUGCUUAUACUAUUUCUCUUUUCAUUCAGGUAUGUCAGAUUACUAAAUGAUUUUGUAGAGUCUGAUUUUUUUGUGAUUGAUGGGGAUUCCGUACUUCUCAAGUAUUUAUGCAAGAAAAGACAGUAUCUGCCCUUCUUUUACUUAGUUGAAUGCUUUCUACUUGAUUUCACACAAAAAGGAGCAAAAUAUGUAAUUGUUUUCUUCAAGGAUGUGGAACAGAUGUAUUUCAGUUACCCUAAUUUCCUUUUCCAUCGUACUGCAUUAAUACAACACCUGAAGUGCAACACUGACAUUGUCAUUCAUACAGAGUUUUCCAACUGUUUCUCACCAGAAUGGCUGAUUUUCCUCAAGGAAAGUUAUCCAUAUUUUGUGAUAAUCUCUGACAUAGGACUGACCUCUCUACAAGAAGACUAUUUACAUAUAUUUAUCGCUCAUACCUUGUCAAAGAAAAUCAGUAUUGUGCUCACUUCAGGACUGGAGUCUGAUGCUUUUACAGUUUAUGGAUAUUAUGUCCAGAAUGUGUAUGAACACAGGUUAUUUUUUCAGCAGAAUGAAAAGGAUCUGCAACAUACUUGUGAAGCCAUGGUCAAACACUUACAAAAAUUCCAGAAUACAGCCUAUCUGUAUAAUUUAAAGAUGAGCUUGAGAAACAUACAAGAAGAGGUAUGUCGGACUAUUUUGCUGCUGAAGCACCUGUGGCCAGAAGGAGCCGACAUUAGAUGUAUUGUUUGUGUUCUUACAUGUAUAGUGGGAUUAAAAAUGUACAGUAACAUGUUAGAAAAUGCAAAAGUCUCUGAGGAAACAAAGGAACAACUAACAAAAAAUUUCAGUCAAAAGGAGAAAAGUGAAUCAUUAACACUGGAAGAAGCCGCAGACCUGUGUAGAUUGCAGUGCCUCAGUGUGGUUUUUCUUCUCCACUUGCCUCUUUCACAACGAGCUCGGAUUAGGAUAAUCAAUUCCUGCUGGACUAAGCAAGUUUUACCAUUUAUAAUCAUGCAACAACAUUGUGACUAUUUUGUUCUGAAGCAACUAAAUGAUGAAAGUGACUGGAAAUUGGAUUUAACUCACCUGCCUGAUUUAAGGGACAAUUCACUGUUAAAGAAUCUUUCACAUUACUAUGAAAUAGAAUACUGCUCAGGGUUACAUUUUGAAUUGGGCAAGGAAAUUAAGUGUGAAUACCAGUAUCUGUGGAAUACGGUAACAAAAUUAGCUUCCAGCUGUGAUUUUGGAGAUGCUUUCCCAGUGAGAACUACUUCACAACUGUUUCUUGAACAGAAACAAAUGGUAUUUAAAGAAUCUAAGGAAGAAAUUCCCAGUAUAGGGCUCAUCCCAGUGAAAUCUGACCUUGUUGAAGAUUAUGCUGGAGCUGUUUUGGCAGAUUUACCUAUUUUAAGCAGCAAUAAUCCUGCAGUUACUUCACUUAUUAAACAAACAGAAUUUGAUGAACUUCGGCAUUGGCAUUCAGGCAAACCUCUCAGUGAUGAUUAUGACAGAACGAAGUGCAGCAAUGAUGCAAAGUCCAAAGGUCCAAAAGAAAGAAGAGGCAUACAAAAGUUACAGUCUUAUUAUCGACUUUAUGGAAGAUCGUUGGAAGGCAACAUUUCAAAGACAAUUGUAACCCAGGUGGAUGUGCCCUUGGUUCCCACCAGCACUAAGACUGCUGUCACAAAGACAAAAAAAUUACAUAAAAGUAAAGCAGAAAUAAUUGCAGAGGAAAACCAGAAGCGACUAGAAGCUAAAGAAGAGAAGAAAGAACAGGAACAGUGGAGUGCCUUAUCUGUGUCAAUUGAAAGGGAAAUUAAAGAGAAUUUUACCUGUGGAAUAAAUAAACUGGAGAAUUUCCUCAAGACAUGUCAAAGUAAUUCUGUGAAAUUCACAGCAGAAAUGGCAGGACUGAAUGUCUGUUUAGAAGUUUGGAAGGAACACUGCAGAAACCAAGGCAAAAAAUCAAGAGAUUUAAGCAUAGCUGUCCAAGUGAUGAGGAGAAUUCACAUACUUCUUGAAAAACACCAGGAACUAUUAAAGAAGCCACAUGUACAAAAGUUGUCCAGAUGUCUGAAAUACCUUGGAUUUGAGAAUUUGGCAUGCUCUUUGUCUAGCCUGAUAAUAGAAAGUGACAAUGAGAAGAUAGCCAAAUAUACUACUGAGAUGGGAGCAGCUCGUUUUCAGCUACAAUAUAUGGGCUGUUACUUGUUCAGAGAAGAGAGGAAAGAUCCAGAUCCCAGAGUACAGCAUUUUAUACCAGAUACAUGGCAGCGAGAGCUUCUUGAUGUUGUAGACAAUAAUGAGUCUGCAGUGAUUGUUGCUCCUACUUCAUCAGGGAAAACCUAUGCAUCAUUUUAUUGCAUGGAGAAAGUUCUGAAAGAGAGCAAUGAAGGAGUAGUUGUAUAUGUUUCACCAACAAAGGCUCUUGUGAACCAAGUGAUGGGAACUAUAUACAAUCGGUUCACCAAGACAUUGCCUCAUGGAUUAGUAGUAGGUGGAACUUUCACAAGGGAUUAUCGCCAUGAUACCCUGAACUGUCAGAUACUUGUGACAGUGCCUCAGUGUUUAGAAAUCUUGUUGCUAUCCCCUCAUCGCCAGGAUUGGGUCAAAAGAAUAAGAUAUGUUAUAUUUGAUGAGGUACAUUGUCUUGGUGGGGAAAUUGGAGCAGAAGUUUGGGAGCACCUCCUGGUUAUGAUUCGAUGUCCCUUUCUGGCUCUCUCUGCAACUAUCAGUAAUCCUGAACACCUUACUGAGUGGCUACAGUCAGUAAAAAGAUACUGGCAACUUGCUGAAAGUACAAUAGAAGAAAGCCCUGGUUCUUCUACAACUGCCAGGAAAUGUACAAGGAAGCAAAAACUACAAAAAACAAAAAAAUCAUAUAGAGUUAGACUAGUAUUGCAUGGAGAGAGAUACAAUGAUCUGGAAAAGUAUGUGUGUUCUCUCAAGGAUAAUGAUUUUAUCAUUGAUCACUAUCACCCAUGUGCUGCAUUAACAGUCAGUCAUAUUGAGAACUAUGGCCUUCCUUUAGACAUUGCCUUCUCUCCACGAGAGAGUAUCCAGCUAUAUGACAUGAUGGCAAAAGUCUGGGAAGAGUGGCCAAGAUUACAGGAGUUAGAUCCUGAGGAAUUUACCUCUUUCAAGAAUAAAAUAGUAAUCACAAAGGCAGAUGCAAAAAAUUAUGAACAGGAGCUGAAGAAAGAACUAAUCAACUGGAUUAUACUUGGCCAAAGAGAGAAGGUGCAUCAGCUGCUGGAGUCCCUUAAACCUCACCCUGUUGAUUGUUCAGAAAAUGAAAAGCGGAUCAGAUUUGCACAUUUUGUUGAAAAACUACAAGACAUGGAUAAAUUGCCUGCCAUAUUUUUUAUGUUUAACAUUCAUUCAGUAGAAAGAACAGCCAAGGAUACAUUUUAUAAUUUGAUGAAAAAACAAAGGAGUGAACGAGAUCCAAAUACUGAGAAAAUAAAAAGUUUAACAGACAAACUAAGAAAAACAAAUAAAACUCUAGGGAAAUGUCUGGCUGCUAACCUAAAAAAGGAGUCUUCCACUAAACUUGAGAGAAUGAUCCUUAAUUUGAACAAAAAACAAGAUUUAAAGAAAAGACUUGAAAAGCUUACUAAGGUCCCUCCAGACAGUACUUAUGCUAAUUCUAAAGCUGUGGAUAAAGAAACCUUGAUGGAGAUCUUUCAUCGAAUUAGGUUUCAAAGGAAGAGUUUCCUGCUGAGAAUGUUGGCACAGAAGGGUAUUGGAUAUCAUCAUGCUUCAAUGUCAUACAAAGAAAGACAAGUCGUGGAGAUGCUUUUCAGGAUGGGAUAUAUCCGGGUGGUUACAGCUACUGGAUCACUUGCUUUGGGAAUCAAUAUGCCAUGUAAAUCUGUUGUCUUUACUGAAGAUUCUGUCUAUUUAGAUGCUCUGAAUUAUAGACAGAUGUCUGGACGUGCUGGAAGACGUGGACAAGAUAUGAUAGGAAGUGUGUUCUUCUAUGAUAUCCCACUGCCUAAGGUCGAAAAACUUAUAAAAUCCAAUGUACCCCAACUGAAAGGCCAGUUCCCUCUGAGUAUUUCCCUGGUACUGAGACUCAUGCUAUUGGCUGCAAAAGCAGAUGACAAAGCAGAUGCCAGAGCAAAGGUGCUGUCAGUGUUGAAGCACUCACUGCUGUCCUUCAAACAAAAACAGAAUACUGAAAUGUUAAAAGUAUACUUUAUCUUUUCCUUGCAGUUUCUUGUCAAAGAGGGCUACUUGGAUCAAGAAGGUAACGCUAUGGGAUUUACUGGACUUGUGACCCAUUUAUAUUAUCAUGAACCUUCAAAUUUUAUCCUAGUUAGCUUUCUUGUGAAAGGUUUAUUUCACAAACUGUGCCAGCCAGUUGAGAAUGGCUCGACUGUUUUUUCUGAAGAUGUGAUGGAAAAAUUAGUGCUAGUGCUAGCAAACUUAUUUGGAAGGAGAUAUCUACCAGCCUGUGCUACGAAAUUUAGAAGAACAUUUUGCCAGUCAAAGGUGUUUCUAGAAGAUCUCCCAGAAGAGUUUGCUGCUGCUGUUCAUGAAUACAACUGCAAAAUAAAGAAGAAUUUUGGUUGUUUUCUUCUAACAGUUGCCAAGCUGGCUGACAUGGAACAAGAAUACCAACUUCCUUUAUCAAGGAUAGAUUUUACACAUAAAGAAUGUGAUAACUCUGAACUGACAUCUCAUUUGAUGAAUAGCACCAAAAGCAUAGCUUCUGUGUCACCCUUCACAUGCCUGUCUGGAACCAUUGACCAGGAUUUAUUUGAUGCUGAGAAUGUUAAUGAAGCUGUCUUGCGUACAAUUGGUGUUAAUGUCAGAAAUGCUCCUCUGUGUUGGUUGGAGAAAUAUGAUAAUCAAGGAAGAAGAAUGCCACUGAAUGCUUAUGCCCUUGACUUUUUUAAACAUGGCUCCUUGAUUGCACUGACAACAGAUAAUUGGCUAAAUGAAGGAGAUGCUUACAAUCUACUCAAAGAUUUUUCACUUCUUAUUAAAGCAAUUGGAACAUCCUUAGGUGAACUUUGUGAUGAUCCAAAUGACAAUGUUGUACUUGCAUUUCAACAACUGAGUGAAAGCUACAGUGCAAAACUGUAGUCUGAGCAUCACAUACUCUGUAAAGUUUGAAGAAAUUACAGUAACACAGGGGUUGGCAACCUAUGGCACGCGUGCCAAAGGCUGCACGCGAGCCAAAGGCUGCACGCGAGCUGAUAUUCAAUGGCAUUCACACUGCCCGGGUCCUGACCACCAGUCUGGGGGGCUCUGCAUUUUAAUUUAAUUUUAAAUGAAGCUUCUUAAACAUUUUAAAAACCUUAUUUACUUUACAUACAACAAUAGU